CAAGAUUCCAUUUCAUUUUGCUGACGUUUACCAAUACGAAGCAGAAAGUUGAAAGAAUGCUUCUCGUACGGUUGGUGAUCAUCGCAGCCCUUUUUGUUGUGGGCUUACAAGCGUCUAUUCAGGAAUAUAAAACAGUUCAGUUUGGUCACGGAAACGUCGGUUAUCGAGUCGUUGAAACAGUCGAACCCGUUCGAGAGAAAAGGGAUACUACGACUUCCAACAGUACAAGCACAACUUCCAUUUUAGAAUGCUACCAGUUCACCUGGCCGGGAGUAUCGGAGAACAACACGGUGCCUGACUGUGCCAGGAUCAAAAAAUAUGUCCCGUGCUUUACGCCCUUUGUUUUUACAAACGACACCUCAUCUCCCGAGCCCGAUCCAGCUAUUGUUAAGGACUACUGCGAUACUAGAGGAUGUAAGGUAACUUGUCCCAAGACUAAUACCAACUCCUGCAUUCGUUAUGCUUACUAUUCAGCCGGGCAAGCCGUCAACGUUACCUAUUUCUGUGGAGCUGUCCAAGACAGGACGAACGACGUCCCCUUGAAACAAGGUGGUUUUACAGAUACCAAGUCCGGUGGGUUAAUUGUAGACGUAAAUUACUGUCAAGGAAAUCUGUGCAAUUCCGCCAAUCCUAUGCAAGCCCCUAUCUUUUUUAUGUUUGCAUUGAUGGCAGCCAUUGUUUUGUUUCGAUAAUUCGUAAUAAUAUACGCGUAAAUUUUUCUUUAAUAAUAAACUAUUUACCUGAA